AACGGGGAAGUCCAAGGUUAAACACAACAAAACAUGUUUUUGCGUUUCGUUCGUCUUUUCGUGAUAACACAGUAAACGACGUGUGGUAUAGCAAGAAUUAUCUAGAACUUGACACUAGACGAUAUCUAGUGUGUCAAUAGAAGUCAUGGCUAUCUAAAGUGGAUGAAAAAUUGUUCCUGGAUGGCAACCGAAAGAUUUUUCGAAGGAGUUCAACACGCAAAGAAUUAUGCCACAUUCAGACCACGCCCAUCUGAGCAACUCACUGAAAGAAUCGUGGCCUAUUUGAAAGAGAAGUAUGAAGGCCAGCUGGAUCUUUGUGUUGACGUGGGGUGCGGCAACGGCCAAUGUAGCACACCGUUUGCCCAUCAUUUUCACAAAGUGUUGGCUACAGAUGUCAGCAGUGCUCAGAUUCAAGUGGCAAAUGCCCUCGUUCAUCCCGUCAAUGUCGAGUUUCGAAAUUGUACGGCUGAAAGUAUUCCAGCAACGGCAGGAAGCACGCAACUAGUCAACGCGUCCACGGCAGCUCACUGGUUCGAUCUCCCAGUUUUCUUUCAAGAGGCUAAUCGAGUGUUAUGCUCAAAUGGAGUUAUAGCACUCUCAUCGUAUGGAUUAGCCAGCCAUGUUUUCAUUCAUCCCGCAAAAUCAGCUGAACUUCAUCAAGCUUUAGUUCAUUUCUACUGUGAAAGGCUAGGCUCGUUUUGGGGCACUGGCAAUCGACACGUAUACCAUGAGUAUGCCAAUAUCAUUGUUCCUUUUGCUGAAAUCACGAGGGAAGAAUUUUGGACGGAAGAGGUAUCAACAACUCUAGCCGAGAUUGCAGCUCUGCUGGAAACAGCUGGACCGUAUCAAAAUUACUGUAGGAGUAAAAGCGAUGAUGCAGCUGGACGCGAGCUCCUUGAUGAGUUUAUUACGAACUGUCAACGAGUUCUCGAAACACAGAAGCAGCCGGAAAGGUUAAAGCUCAAGUGGAAACGAAAAUAUUUUCUAAUCAUGGGACGUAAACCGUAAAUUGAACUGUUUUGAAGAUCACUCCUUGUCUAUAUAGUUUGCUACGGAUUGCGAAAGAGCUUGUUGAAUAUCGAAUGUAGAAUCCGUUUAGGACAUAGAUACCUUUGUGCCAUUGCAAUACAAAAUAUUGGUAAUUACCUUA